AAAGUGGAAAAGUAAACAAAUAAAGCGCUUAUAAAGCGUAAUUCAUUGUUUUUAGUGUUUUAUUAAUAAAAUCCAGUACCGAAUAAAGCAGUUUUAUAAACAUGCUAGCUGGCGUUGUGAAUUAAAAUCUAAUUUAACAAGCGAGCACUGUCAUGUAUCAUCCUAAUCAACAGUUCAUCAAUGGAUACACUUAUCCACAGUUUUUCGGUAUUCCGACUGAAACUGUGUCAUGUAUGCAACAAAACAGACCAAGAGCUUCGUCUUCAAGUUCUGACGAUGCGUCGGACCCGCCGGCAGCGAAUGCGAAACGUGAAAAAGCGGUAAAAAAAAAGGCGAGUGGUGAUGGUGAAGGCAAGAAGAAAUUGGACACGUCGGGGUUUUCGAUAGAGGAGCGCAUUGUGGCCGCGGCCUGGGUGCACGAGCGCUAUCACACGCGCACCUCUAUGGGACAGAUAAAGCAGCAGUUCGAGCUACGUUUUGGGCGGCCGGCCCCAGCCAAGAACACCCUGGUAGUGUGGGAGCGCAAACUCUUUGCUUCCGGCUCCAUCCACGACGCGCCGCGCGCUGGCCGACCCGCCAAGAGGAAGCUGGAACCGAGCGAAGUGUCGGAGUCCCUGGCGACGUCUCCCGCGCUGUCGCUGCGCGCGCGCGCCGCCGAGCUCAACGUGCCGCGCUCCACGCUGCGCGCGCUCAUGCGCCAUCUGCCGGGAGAGCCCAACCCGGCGAAACCGAAGGCGCCCCGAAAACGCGCCAAACCAACCGUACCAGCGCAGCCGCUCUUCUAGCCACCGCCAGAUACAAGAAGUUAAAGGUCUGUUAAUAUCUACACACGUGGAGCAUGCCAGCCAAACACGUGCAGUGGCAGACAAAACCAUGUUAUUCUAUACAGUGUCUACUACUCUCCUAGAGGCUCUGUGAGCUGUAGACCUCGCAAGGAUAGCAUUAAACUGAAUAAAUGUAUGGCACCUCCAUAUUGAAAAAAAUCUAAACUGAAUUGACAAAACUGAAAAAUCUGGUACAAAAUUUCAUGAGAAUCAAUUGAGAACAUACAUUUUUGCCUAAGCUGAAACGUAGACCUUCGCUGACCCUCGGUCAAUAAACGUAGUUAUGUGUAUCGUUACACGGCCACGGAGACGCCGACAGACUUCACAGACACACUGUAUAGAACAAUAUUAUUUUGACUACCCCGGCACGUACAUGGCACGCUCAAUAUCUGUAGAGUCUGUGCGGAAAGAGAAGAAUCUAGUCUAGACUAGAUUUAAACGGACCUUAACACUUAUAUAGCCCUUUGUAAUUACAGGCUCGAGAGCAAUUUUAGCCUAGGGAAUGCAACCGGUAAAUGGUAAAUAUUAACUAUGAAAAAACCGGUAAUUUCUAUUAUUUUUUUUACCGGUUUGCAUGCAGCGAAGUAGGGAUACUUUAGCCCAUAUGUUUUGAAGUCUACAGACUGAGAAACAUUGAUGCCAAUCGGUAUUACUUAUAAGAAUAAAUAUAUUUAGAAUAUUUUUCGCUUAGAGUUAAGAUUAUCAUAAAUAUGUCAUCAUACACUUUAAAAAUAAAAGGCAUAAUAUAAAACUAUUGUAUAUAAUUAUUGUAAUAAUUAUCUAA